UCUUUCAACUUCAUCGUCUGCUUCAAAAUCAAAGUGCAACCGGUUCAAAGCAGUGUUCUUCGUGAAAGCCAGCUGUUUUUUGUGAUCGAAAAAUCUUUAUUAUUAACCCACUGUAUUUCUUAUAAUAUGGAUUUAAUGUUAAUUGUACUUUACGUACAUUGUUCGAUACAUUUUCUAGACUAUUUUAGUGUUUAUAUAGGUCAUAAAGUAUAAUUAAUUCAAUGCCAGUUACGUUCUUAAUAACUUCAUCAGAUCAUCGUACAAAGAAGGGCUGAAAGAGAUGAACACUCAGGAAGGAUUGUGGACUAAAGUGUGUUGUGUGGAUGUGGAAACUGGUGUUGCGUUACAUUAUGUAAAGAUUAUGUGUUUGAAUGAUAAGACAUAUGAAAAUGUAUAAUACGCAAAUGAGUUUUGUGUUCUGCUUUUAUUUUCAGAUUCAGCAAAUGAGUUAACCAUUGUGAAAGAAUUAUCAUCUUCACGAUAUGUACGUCACGUCCACAACGCAGAUCACCUGGAUGGAUGUUGGAGACUGCUGUAGAAGCCUGCAUGUCGUCUGCUCCACGGAAGCACAACAUGAGUAAGGGACUAGCACCAAGCAAAAGCACAGUAUAUGUCUCCAAUCUUCCAUUUUCACUCACAAACAAUGAUCUACACAAGAUUUUUGAUAAGUAUGGCAAAGUUGUCAGGGUGACAAUAAUGAAGGACAAAGAAACUCGAAAAAGUAAAGGGGUUGCAUUUGUACUCUUCUUGGACAGAGAUUCUGCCCACAAAGCAGUACGGGCUCUUCACAAAACAAAGAUGUUUGAACGUACAAUCAACUGCACCAUUGCUAAAGAUAAUGGACGGGCUCCAGAAUUUAUUCGACGGAGAGAAUACAAAGACAAGUCCAGGUGCUAUGAGUGUGGGGAUGAGGGUCAUCUCAGCUAUCAAUGCCCCAAAAAUUUACUAGGAGAGCGAGAACCUCCCCCUAAGAAAAAGAAAGUACGGAAGGGACAGAAGACAGAGGAGGGUUACAGCCACGAGGAUGACUCUGAUGCCAGAUCAGAAGAUGAAAAAGUAGAGGAGAUAGACAGCUUGGCUGCAGCUAUCCAGUAUCAGAGACAGAAAGCAGAAGAGGAAGAGAAGUAUGGUGAGACAGCAUCCUGGCAAACUGAUUCUCCUCGCCGCAAGCGGUAUGUCAAGGACUCUUAUUUCAGUGAUGAAGAGGAUCUUGCUGGUGACUGAGGGAAAAUUUUAUCCUUGGUGAUCUCUUUCAGUUUUAGUUGGUGUGACAUCAUGGAUAUAAACACAAAAUAAGCAGCAUCUCUGAUGAGUGUGCUUGUUCUCUUGCAGGAACUGGUUUCAUGGUAGUGCCUGUUAUGAUGAGUGUAUUGUGUGGUGGAACCUUUUUAAUGUCAACUAUAGGAUGUCCAUUUUUGGGCAGGUUGUUUUGGUGGCCUUGUGUAUAGCAUGCACUUGGUGAACUUUGACUAGCUGCUUGUAUGUUGGCUAAACAGAGUACUUACAGGACAAUGCACAGAUGAAUAAAAGAAGAUGUUAAGCAAUCCUUUUUCAUCAAGAUAUAAACUCAUAAAUUGGCACCAAAGUCACAGAAACAGGUGAGGAAACUUGGGGGCAUGUAGUUCUGUGAGUAAAAUUAGUCUGGGUAUGUCCGACAUGUUUCUUCCUCACAGUGGUUAGUUGUCUGCACACAAGUACUUGGACAGCAGUAAGGAUGGUUUUCUUGAGAUAAUUCCUGCAAUAUAAACUGCAUACUUUAAAGAAAAGAUUAUAGGUUUGAAAAUCAUGCCACACUUCAUAAAUAAGGGUGUUUAUCUACUCUUGCUCGAAUGUGGUGAGUAAUAUUUUAGUGCAAACAUCUGGUUUUUUCCCUCCCAUCUCCCCUUUUCUCUCUGUGAGUAGAAAGAGUAGAAAAUGAGUGAAAAGGUUGAGUGCAGUGUGAAGGAUGAUGUGAUAAUUCUCUUAUUGUUUUCAUAUGUUUGAAAUGUGUCAAGAGAACAUUAAAGCAUAGUGAAUCAUA